UUGAUCUCGGCCCGCGAUACCAGUAUCUCGCUAUAUUAACCUGCCAAACCCUAAACCUAGAUUUCUCAUUCGUUGCUGCAUAUAUUUGUCAACGCUUCGAUCUAGCUAGAGAGCUACAAUCCCCGCGCAGCAACAGCAACAGUUGAAGAAGCCCCCAUGGGAAAAGUUCAUGGAUCUUUGGCUCGUGCUGGUAAGGUGAGAGGCCAAACUCCCAAAGUGGCCAAGCAAGACAAGAAGAAGCAGCCACGCGGCCGCGCCCACAAGAGGAUGCAAUACAACCGCCGCUUUGUCACCGCCGUUGUGGGAUUCGGCAAGAAGAGGGGACCAAACUCUUCUGAGAAGUAACUUUGACAGGAUGACGAAUUAUUAAAGUUAUUAUUAAUGUAGGUGGAGGCUGAUAUUGGUUGUUUGCCUGUUUGGAUGAUUUUUCUUGUGUUUUUUUUUUUUUAAGUAUCUGUCAUAGCCUGUUGAAUUUUUGAUAUUCAGUCUCAAACUAUGUUGAGCAUAUGCUCUUUUUAUUAAUUAGGAUGAUGCGAUUUUGCUUCCAAA